AUGAGAAAAUUUCAGUCUUUCAGUACAAGUGUAGAAUCGAGUCUCUUGCAACCUCAUAAACCGCCGACUUCCAAUGAGAUAUACGCCGAGCCCGAGAACUUCCUAGAAAUCGAAGUUGCCAACCCUAGAACCCACUUCCCGCACUCCGAGCAGCGGGGCAUGUACACAGACUACGAGAUAAUAUGUCGAACCAAUUUGCCCUCCUUUAGCGGGAGAAAUAGCAAUGUCAGAAGACGGUAUUCCGAAUUUGAGUUGUUCCGCAAGUGUCUGCUCAAGGAGCUGUCGCUUUCAAGCCACCCCAAAGUCGUUGUGCCUCACUUGCCCGGAAAGAUCAUUCUGGGAAACCGGUUUAGUGACGAGGCUAUUGAGGAGCGCAAGCAGGAGCUGAACAAGUGGAUGGUGACCGUUGCUGGCCAUCCCCUUUUGCAGAGUGGGUCCAAAGUCCUGGUACGAUUUAUCGAAAACGAAGAGUUUAUGGGAUAG